GCCAUUUUGUGGCGGGAUUGGGGGCGGCGGGCGCCAUUUUGAGCCGCAGAGCCGCAGGGAGCUGUGAGGUAAAGUCGAGGUUUUGUGGAAAAUUCGGGGGUUUUUGGUUCAUUUUGGGGUCUAAACCGCGAUUUUUGUUCCGGCUCCACGAAUUUUCCUCGUUUUGGGUCCAAUUCUGCCGUUUUUGGGUCCAAUUUUGCCGUUUUUAGGUCAAAUUCCCGCCGUUUUGGGGCCGUUUUGGGGCCUUGAAGUUUUGAGGUGAAAUCGCCGUUUUUUUCGGGGCGUUUCGCGCCAAAAUGGCGGCUUUGGUUGCCGCUAAUUAACGAGUUAAUUAGCGUUAAUUAAUGAGCCGUUCGUCUGCGGCGCGUCGGGGGCUUAAUGACAUCUUAUUUAUGGUUUAUUGAUGGCUUAUUAAUGAUUAACUGAUGGGUUAUUAAUGAUUUAUUGACACCUUAUUAAUGAUUGGCGGGUUAUUAACGAUUUAUUGAUUGGUUAUUAGUGAUUUAUUGACGCCUCAUUAAGUUCUUAUUAAUGGUUCAUUAGCGACUCAUUCACUGCUUAUUAACACCUUAUUAUUAAUCGUUUAUUAAUGGAUUAUUAAUAAUCAUUAAUGUUUUAAUGUCUUACUAAGGAUUUAUUUGUAACUCAUUAGUAAUUAAUUAGGAACUUAUCAGCGGUUUAUUAACGAUUAUUUGGUGCUGUGUUGGUGGCUUGAUGAGGUGUUAAUUAUUAAGAUUAUUAUGUAGUUAUUAUUAUUAAUCUAUUAAUCUAUUAAUAAUAAUAUUAUAUAUGUAAUAUUACAGUGCAAAUUAUCAAUCUGUUAAUAUUUAUUAAUUCAAUAAUAUUAAUAUUUAAUAACUUAAUAUUAUUUAAUGUUUAAUAAUAUUAAUUUUAAUGAUUAAUUUAUUAUAAUUUUUUAUUUAUUAUUAUUGGGGGAUCGUUAACGAUUUAUUAAGGACUUAUUAACGACUUGUUAGAAAUUAAUAAUCUUAAUAUUAAUUAAUCAAUUUUAUUUAAUAAUGAAUUAUUAAGGAUUUAUUUGUGAUUGCUAAAGGCUUAUUAAUGGUACACUGAUGGGCUAUUAAUGGCUAAUUAUUAGAAUUCCUACUAAUAAUUAUUUACUAUUAAUAUUGACAUUUAUUUAUUCAUUUUCUUAAUUUUGGGUUAAAAAAUCCCAAUUUUGGGUCAAAAAACCCCAAUUUUGGGUCUAAAAGCCCCACUUUUGGGUCCCAAACCCCAAUUUUGGGGUCAGAAAUCUCAUUUUUAGGUCCCCAAAUCCCAUUUCUGGGUCCGCAAACCCAUUUUUUGGGUCAAAACAUCCCAUUUUUGGGGUCAUAACCCCCAUUUUUGGGUCAAAACAUCCCAAUUUCGGGUUCCCAUCCCCAAUUUUUGGUCCCCAACCCCCAUUUUUGGGUCAAUAAAACCCAUUUUUGGUUCAAAACAUCCCAAUUUUGGUUCCCAAACCCCCAUUUUGGGGUCAGAAAUCCCAAUUUUAGGUCCCCAAAUCCCAUUUCUGGGUCACAAUCCCCAUUUUUGGGGUCAUAAACCCCAUUUCUGGGUCCCCAAACCCCAUUUUUGGGUCAAAACCUCCCAAUUUUGGGUCGAAAAACCCCAUUUUUGGCUCCCAAACCCAUUUUUUGGGUCCAAACAUCCCAUUUUUGGGAUCAGAAAUCCCAUUUUUGGGGUCCCAACCCCCAUUUUUGGGGUCAUAACCCCCAUUUUUGGGUCCCCAUCCCCACUUUGUUCUCCCCCCAUGUUUUACCACCCCGAGGUCCUGCAGCGGCGCAGCGGCUGCUUCGGCACCAUUUGGUUGGCGGCCACCUGCGUGUCCCGCCUGCAGCGCAGGGAGGUGAUGGCUGUGGAUGUGCCCCAAACCUGCUCGGCCCUGGCCGCCUUCGUGCAGGGAUUGGCUCUGCCCCGCACGCUGGCCCCGCCCCUCCCUGCCGAAGCUCCGCCCCUUCGCUGCUCCCUUUACUUGGCGGCGCAGCUGCAGCUCGGCCUGACGCGCGUCUAUUGGAGGCAGUGUGGGGCGCUGGCAGAGGAGGUGGCGUCGGUGUGGGGCCGCCUGCACCGCCUGCAUCCACCGCCCAGCAUCGACCUCAGCCCCACGGUGCGGCUGCAGCUGCUCCCAGACGCCCGCACUUCCAUGGCAGAGCUGGAAUUCGCCCCCGAUCCUUUCUUUGGGGUCAUGGCUGUGGGGCUGCCCAGCCCCACACAGCUGCUGCAGGUCCUGGAGGAGCCGCUGUUUCUGGCCCCCACCCCAGAGAGCAUCACCAUGAGGGAGGCUGAGGGCGUCGCUCCGACCCCAUUGCUGGAGUGGAGGAAAUCCCAGAGGAGGAGGAGGAGGAGCUGCGGGUCCCAGAGCCGGGCCCCCCCACCCCCCCGGCGGCGCCGCCGACCCCGAAUCGACCCCGAACUUCAGAUCCCAGCCGAGGAGAUCCGGGCUCAGCUGCACCCCACAGCGCACUGCGGCCCCAUGAUCAUCCCAGAGCUGCACCCCGAAUGGCGUCGGACCCCAGUGGAGCUUUUCAGGACCCCAGCAGCAGGAUGGCUGCCCCCCGAGCUUUUGGAUCUAUGGGUCCGAGCCGCCCGCCCCACAGCGCCGGAACCCAGUGAGGUGGAGGAACCCAGAGAGAUCCCAGAACCGAGUGUGGGGCUGCCGCCGUCCUCAGAGCUGACCCUGGAGCUGACCCCGGAAGAGCUCCGCCCUCUGGUGACCCCGGCGGAGGAACUGAGAGCCCCGCCCCCUCUGCCUGAACUUCCGGAAGAGGUGGAACUUCCGCCGGUGGGCGUGGCCUCGUUGCGGCGGUUGGCGCUGGAGGGGGCGGGGCGACCGGAGGGGGCGGAGCUUGGUGGGCUCCUCCCGAGCUCCGCCCCCCGGAAGUUGUGGGCGCGGCUUUUCCGGGUUUGUCUCGAUCUCUGCGCUGCUGGUUGGCUGCGGCUGGAGCAAUCCCGCCCCUUUGGGCCAAUCAACAUCCGGCCCGGCCCCCGAGGCCCCGCCCACCCCUCGCCAAGCCCCGCCCCCACGGAAUGA